UCUGUGGUAACUGGUACAUCAUAACUGACUCCCAUCAAUAAAUUUUUAAAUCAUUGUAUAUAAUUUGUAGGGAACGGAUAUUUAAGACGAAUAUAUUAAGAAUUUUAAUUAAAAAUAAAUUUUUAGUACAGGAAUGUAAUAUAGACAUUUUGUAAUCAUGGUGAUCUAUAGUGUUUAUGUAGUAAGCAAAUCUGGAGGGCUAAUUUAUAACUAUGAUCACAACAUUCCCCGGGUAGAGACUGAAAAAACAUUUGGAUUCCCUCUUGAUAUUAAGCUACAGUAUGAAAAUAAAAAGGUUGUUGUUGUGUUUGGCCAACGAGAUGGUAUAACCGUGGGGCAUGUUUUACUAUCAGUAAAUGGGUCUCCAGUUAUUGGAAGAAAUACAGAAGAUGGAAGCGAUGUAUUUGAACUAAUUGAAGCUAAAGAAAACUAUCCUCUCAGUUUAAAGUUUGGUCGUAUGAGAGCUACAACAAAUGAGAAAAUAGUAUUGGCAAGUAUGUUCUAUCCACUUUUUGCCCUUGCCAGUCAGCUGAGUCCAGUGCCCAAGAGUUCAGGAAUAGAGACUCUCACAGCUGACACAUUCAAGCUUUCCUGCUUUCAGACUUUAACUGGUGUUAAGUUCAUUCUAGUGACUGAUCAGAACAUGCAAGGCACUGAAGUUGUACUAAAAAGAAUCUAUGAACUAUAUUCAGACUAUGCUCUUAAGAAUCCCUUCUACUCUUUAGAGAUGCCAAUUAGGUGUGAACUAUUUGACACAUCUCUGCACACUUUGCUGGAGCUGGUGGAAAAAUCUGGCACUGCAAAUUUAUAGAUCAAUAUUUUCAAGCCCUGAAUGGUCUUUAUAUAAGGCUCAUAUUUAUUAGAAUAUGAGUACAUAUGUAUGCACACACUUUAAUUAAGGCUGGUUGUCCUAAGGAUAGGACAACUGUUAUUAAAUUGGAUAGUCAUGCAAUUUAAUAUAAAAAAUCUAUUAUAUAAGAACAAUUAGAUAUGCGUUUAAAAAAAAUAGGGAUUCAUAAUUUUUCAACUGAUGUUAAUAUGUCCUAAUGUAAAUGCAUAUUCUUUUCA